CUCAUGACCCAAGUAAGCCCACGCUCGCGUGGUGGCAACGGAAAAGCAACCUACAAAGAAAAAGUAGUAGAGCUUUAUGAGGCUUUGCUUCGUGGCGAAGAGCCAUUCAAAAAUGACCCGCAAUUCUGGUCAUCAUUGUUCUUACUCAAAGUAAAAAGGAACUUCCUUUACACGCUCGUCCAUGAUAAAUCGGAAGAACACCUUUUGUCGGUGCGAGACAGCAUCUCCAAUAUUUUUGCACAGUGCGUCGAGGUUAUGAAUCAACCUACGGACGGACUCAUGGAUGUUUUACGACAAACAAACGCUAUCGUUGCGUUGACAUGCAUACUCCGUGCCAUUUUUACCAAGUCUCGAUUCACCAAUUUCAGCUUUGAUGUUGUCAACUUGCUUACUCGACUCCAAAACGCUGAUGAGCGUUUUGCUAAAUUGGAAACGGGCAUUGAAUUAUGUCUUUCGCGGGAUCAUGAUCCCGAAUCUUCUCCUGAUGCUGUUAAGGAAAGAUGCAAAGCUACUAUCAGACUGUUGGUUGUUCUUGUUGCUGGCAAUGAUAAUGUCAACCAAAAUAAUCUGAAUGGCUAUCUGAUGAAGCAAUCGCUAUGUACCGCCAUAUUGAAUGUUAUUGCUGAUCUGAAUGUUGAUUACAAUGAAGCAAAAGUAUCUAUAAUGCUCAUAUCCUUGCUGUCAAACUACAACAAAUAUGAAUCCAAGAACGUCGUUCUGACACAACUUAUCACCACACGAGAUGCUGGACCAUUGGAGAGAAUGGUGACAGCCAUUGGCGCAGGCUUUCUUGAUAUGAGGGCUGACUAUAUAGAGAUCAAAGACGACUCAGAAAGCUCAAGUACAGCCUUAUUGUCUUAUUUUACCGGCUUAUUUGGGUGGGGGCUUUCCAAAUCAGAGUCUAGAUUACAAUUUGGUAGUAAUGAUUGGGAGAAGGAAAUGGACGAAGCUUUGGCCGAAAUGCCGCCGAAACAAUCAGCCAUGCUGAUAGCGUUUUACGAGUUGAUCAAUGCAAAUCCUACAUUUCAACAGCUUAUACAGAGACCGUUAAUGGUCUGCUUCGGCAACGAAUCACCAUAUACCGAAGAUAUCGCGCUUUGCGCUUUCAUGUCAUACUCCUCCUUCGUACUACAAUCACCUCGCUCAAAGAGAUCCGUUGGCUAUAGCAAAUUGGUUCUGCUGAUAUUUUUGAGAAUUUGUGAGGACAGUUCACUUUGCGACCUGCUCUAUAGUCCACAACUUUUGGGAGAACUCAGGCUUUGUCGACAGCGCUUACCUGCUAUACCGGCUACCGAUGCACCUCGACCCUUGGCAUGCGCAGUUUUAGAUAUCAUGCUUAUUUUCAUCACACAUAACAUGAGAAAGAAACUGGAAAUCGAUCUUUACCGAAAUGCAUUGUCAAUCAUUCAUCGUCUUAUGUCUUAUCAGGUCAAGCGUAAGGCAACGAUAGUCGGUUACCACUGGUCACAUCUUUGGCAAGUGCUACUUGGAUUUGUCCGAUUUCUUAUUUCCCAUUACGAACGCAUAGCAACGGAGGGCGAUGUCGACGAACUUUUGCAAUUGAGCGUCACAAUAAUCAAUAUGUGCAUUGUCCAUAACGAUACCUUGCUCGACGAUGACGAGAGUUAUGUUAAUCUGCUUUACGAAAUUGUCAGGGUAAAACCUACUUUCGUAGCAUUAGCUCAGAUAUCUUCACCAAAAUUAGGAGAUCCUGCGAGGAAAGGCUCCGCCACGCCUCCACAGCGUCGUGGUAUGGAUCUAUACAAUAUUGAACAUAUCAUCAGUCAUUUUGACGAAAAAAUUGAGCUUUGGAAAGCAAAAAACAAGAUUCGUACUCUCAAACCGCAAAAUGUUAUAGACGCCAUCUAUGAAUACCACGAUCAACUGGAGUUACGCCCUGCGGAGAGGUUAGAGCAGUUUAGUUCCUAUAGCGAAGUCCCUGGAGAAAUGGCAUUUUUCCGCAACAUAUUGCGCAUAGCCGCCAUUGAUACUAUAUGUGAAGUCAACAUACAAGCAGAUGAUUAGCAUACUGUUUCGCCCAUGAAUACUCCAGCAAACUGAAAAUUUUAGAGUUACAGCAGGAACAAUAAAUCAUUUAUGACUUGUAAUCUCACGAAAAAUAUGCAAGUAAUACACUAUCUCGUUUGAUUAUGGACGCAAAAAUCUGUGG